ACUGGGUUUCCUUAUUCCACACAGCCAGAGGACAGGAGCUCAGAACCCUCAGUUUCCUUCCAGAAAAGACGCUUCAUUACUUCUGUAGGACGAGAGCUCACUGUAAACAUGGUUGAUAGAAGCAUUGCACUGGAGGCUCUGGGAGCACUCUGCACUGGCAACGUGACGUCUGUCCAGAAACAAGCAUCACCAGCUGGUUUGUCCAGAGAGAACCUUCAAGCGGGACCACGGCAGAAUCUGUCCAUCAAGCUUCUCAUCCCUACUGUCAUUGAUGGAGAUGAACACUGCUCACACUACAGCCAAGUGUCAAGAUUCAUGGACAGCUGUGGUGGAGCUGCCUCUCCCGCACUGGACGAGGCGGUUGAUCAUAUCAAGAAGAAUCUCAUUAUUGAUGAGGAAGAAUUCUUUGACCCAGAGCAUGACAAUGAUUUCACCAAGCUGACUGAGACUGAGACCUAUUGGAGAGGUGGAGAGAAGUACGAGCGUCCAUGCGGUUGGUACCGAUUCGGACUCAAGAAACCAUCCAAAGCAUGUGAUGUCAACACUUUAUCACAGGUGCUGGACAAGUAUUGUGGAAAUACCUGGCUGGGAACCACGUACCGUGGCACCCAGUCAAGCCCAGGGGAGUGGCCUGUGUCUUACCACGGGACGUCAAAGAAAGGUGCCGGCGGCAUCAUCGGAGAUCACUACGAGCCAGGAUCACGGCAGGCCUAUGGCAGGGGGAUUUACUCCACACCGGAAAUAAGUGUGGCGAUACGGUUUGCCACGAAGUUCACCUCCAGCAAGAAUGGCAAGACGUACAAAGUGAUUCUGCAGAAUCGAAUCAACCCUGUGUUCAGAGAGAAGCACAAUAACGACCUCUACUGGCUGGUCCCCAUCCCAAAGGGAACAUCAAAAGCAGAAAAGCAGGAGAUGGUAGAGAGGGCCAUCCGUCCUUAUGGCCUUCUGCUGAAAGAGGUCUAACAGAGGAAGGUCUCUCUCACAAACACACACACACACACACGCAUGCACGCACGCACGCACGCAUUUGCAUAUCAAGAUGAAUAUGGAAAAAUAAUAUCUCAGCUGUAUGUGUGCUUUAUAGACGGAUGGAAUAAACAACCUGCAAACUCAA